AUGACUGGUGGCUAUUUAUGUCACAGGCCUGAGGCUCACAGGUCACUAGUGUUUCGGUCAGCUAAUUUCCGUGUGGGGCUGCCUGUCCCCAGCCGAGAACUCCAGCAUGAUCCGGGAGCACACCCUCCUUCCAACAUUAGGCUACACGUAGGGUACUCAGGCAGGACGUCUCGAAGGGGCCAGAAGGACAAUCCCACUCAGAGCAACGAGGGCUCCCGUCACGCACAGCUCAUCUCUGACGGCCCUUGUACUCAAAUCCAGGACUCCCCAGCUCCUGACACCACAGGGGUGCCCGUGGAGGAGGAGGACCCCUUCUUCAAGGUCCCUGUGAAUAAGCUGGCAGCGGCCAUCUCCAACUUUGGCUAUGAUCUGUACCGUGUGAGGUCCGGCCUCAGCCCUGCGGCCAACGUGCUGCUGUCCCCACUCAGCGUGGCCACCGCUCUCUCUGCGCUCUCGCUGGGAGCGGAACAGCGGACAGAAUCCACCAUUCACCGGGCUCUCUACUAUGACCUGAUCAGCAACCCGGACAUCCACGGCACCUAUAAGGAGCUCCUUGCCUCUGUCACUGUCCCCGAGAAGAACUUCAAGAGUGCCUCCCGGAUCAUCUUUGAGAGGAAGUUGCGGGUAAAAUCCAGCUUUGUUGCCUCACUGGAGAAGUCCUAUGGCACCAGGCCCAGAAUCUUGACCGGCAACCCUCGCUUGGACCUUCAGGAGGUUAACAACUGGGUGCAGGCCCAGAUGAAAGGGAAAAUCGCUAGGUCCACCCAGGAAAUCCCCAGUGGAGUCAGCAUUCUCCUCCUCGGUGUGGCUUACUUCAAGGGGCAGUGGGUAACAAAGUUCGACUCCAGAAAGACUUCCCUUCAGGAUUUCCACUUGGAUGAGGAGAGGACCGUGAGAGUCCCCAUGAUGUCAGACCCUAAGGCCAUCAUACGCUAUGGCUUCGACUCUGAUCUCAACUGCAAGAUUGCCCAGCUGCCCCUGACUGGCAGCACGAGUAUCAUCUUUUUCCUGCCCCUGAAAGUAACCCAGAACUUGACCAUGAUAGAGGAGAGCCUCACCUCUGAGUUCAUUCAUGACAUCGAUCGAGAACUGAAGACUAUUCAGGCGGUCUUGACCAUCCCCAAGCUGAAGCUGAGUUAUGAAGGCGAAGUCACUAAGUCCCUGCAGGAGAUGAAACUGCAAUCCUUGUUUGAUUCGCCAGACUUUAGCAAGAUCACAGGCAAACCUAUUAAACUUACCCAAGUGGAACAUCGAUCUAGCCUCGAGUGGAACGAGGAUGGGGCAGGCACCACCCCCAGCCCAGGGCUCCAGCCUGCCCGCCUCACCUUUCCCCUGGACUAUCACCUCAACCAACCUUUCAUCUUUGUACUGAGAGACACAGACACAGGGGCCCUUCUCUUCAUAGGCAAAAUUCUCGACCCCAGGGGCAUGUAAUGCUCCAGUAAAUAGCCUGGAAGAACAAAACCCUCGAGGGAUGGCAGAUUACAUAGUACAUGAAGGCUGCCCCUACAAUGUUUCAGUGUAUACUUUGCAAUAAAAGUGCUUUAUCCUUAA